AUGGCAUCAGUAUUCGCCUGGGGCGCUGGUGUCGCCGUCGCCGCAUUUCUCGGCCGAGCCGGUUUAGUCGCCCUUCGUCGUUCUCGUGGCGGCGUCGGCGCCUUGGGCAAAGCUUUUUACAAGGGCGGCUUCGAGCCCCGAAUGACCAAGAAGGAGGCCUCGCUCAUCCUAUCGCUAAAUGAGCGGGCCCUCUCCAAAGACAAAGUCCGCAAGGCGCAUCGGACGCUCAUGCUCUUGAACCACCCCGAUCGAGGUGGCAGUCCGUACUUGGCGACAAAAGUCAAUGAGGCAAAAGAACUACUGGAUAAAACUACAUGAGCCAGACUGCAGUGAGUAGACUGCAACGAGUAGACUGCAACGAGUAGACUGCAACGAACACAACGAAACGGCCGCAUACCCCACGAUGUAGCGUAUUUUAUAUAGAGCACC